AUGGAAGAAACAUCUCGCACUCCCGUUUAUGUAGCCGCUGCUUUCGCAACAGGCGCUAUAUGCACCAUCGCAAUCGACAGACUCCUCCGCUCUGAUGGAGUACUGAACCAGAGAGAGCAUGAAGGCAAAGAUGCAAUGAAUGGCCACUCGAUAAUUAAUGGAAUAGGAUACCCAGAGUCCCCCCCAAAGCCGCAGCCUCCUCCAAUAGUGGAUGGUAUUGAAGGAUGUAUUGGGAACACCCCUAUGGUCCGUAUUCGGUCUCUAUCGGAGGCGACUGGAUGCGAGAUACUAGCGAAAGCAGAAUUUUUAAAUGGAGCUGGAGGAAGCCCCAAAGACCGCGUUGCUUUAAGUAUGAUACAGGAGGCUGAAGAGAACGGUCUUCUCACGCCAUUUGUAGGAGAUGCUAUCUAUGAAGGCACGGUAGGGUCUACGGGAAUAUCCCUUGCCACUCUAGCAAGGGCAAGAGGAUACCUCGCACAUAUAUGUAUGCCGUCGGAUCAAUCGACAGAAAAGUCAAAUCUCCUCCUCAAAUUAGGGGCGGUUGUCGACAGAGUUACUCCAGCUCCCAUUGUAGAAACCGGCCACUUUGUCAACAGGGCUAGGAGUCUGGCCCAUUCUCACGGAAAGGGGCAACAAUUAUCUCGUGAAUCUUCACCAUUUGAAAAGCCAAAUAUAGAGGCCAUGGCCUCAGAUGCUGCUGCUAAACAAAGUCGGGGUUUCUUUGCUGAUCAGUUUGAAAAUUCUGCCAACUGGCGAGCCCAUUAUCGAACGACAGGACCAGAAAUCUAUGCACAGUGUGAGGGUAAGCUGGAUGCAUUUGUUGCCGGAGCCGGAACAGGUGGUACCAUCUCUGGAGUUGCGCGAUACCUGAAACCUCGGGUUUCGAAUAUGACCGUAGUGCUUGCGGACCCUCAGGGGAGUGGGCUAUAUAACCGAGUCCGCUACGGCGUGAUGUUUGAUACGAAAGAAAGAGAAGGGACAAGAAGAAGGCAACAAGUCGACUCUAUCGUGGAAGGUAUAGGUAUCAAUCGGGUUACUGCAAAUUUUGAAGCUGGGCGAGAGCUAGUGGACGACGCUGUAAGGGUUACUGAUGCACAAGCUAUCGCCAUGGCACGUUGGUUGGUGGAAAAAGAUGGUAUAUUUAUUGGCAGUAGCAGUGCCGUAAACUGUUUUGCUGCAGUUAAAACGGCCCUAAAGCUAGGCCCAGGUCAUAGAGUUGUGACAAUUCUCUGUGAUUCCGGAACAAGGCACUUGUCAAAGUUCUGGGCUGAGGCAGGCAACGUUGGAGGAGCUGUCGGUACUAAGCUUGAGGACGUUCUUAACGCAAAGACGUGA